AUGAAUCUGAGAAGUAGCAACAAAAAAUUAACGCACACGCAAAACGGAGCAAACACAGAGAGUUCCUGUAAAGGUAUAGAUGAACAUGUGCAGAAAGGUGAUUGCACAAAUGAGAUAAAAAAAAAGGAAAUACGAAAUGAGCAAGUGAGGAAUGCCAACAAGAAUGAGAAAAAUUGCAACAUCGGAAAUACAGGCACACAUUUUGAGGAAGGCGAAGGGGAUAAAAAUGUAGAACAGAAAGAGAUACCCUUAGAUUUACACGGGAUUGACAAUUUGGCAGCUGAAAGUGAAAAAGGAAUACCGUUAUGCAUGACGACAAAGGAUGACACCUGGGGUUCUGGCUACUGCGAGGGGUACCCCCAUGAAAACAACAAGGAGGAUAGUAACGCACAGAAAGUUGCCGAGGUAUGCAAGACGAAGAGAUACACUGAUAAUCAUGCAGCGGAUGGGGGUGCCCCUUAUGACUGGAGUGAAAGUAGGAAAGCGGGGCAGGAUAACUUCCUAAGGGGGGAGGUGGAAAAGGUGGAGAAAAUGACCGAGAAAGCGACUCAGAAAAUAACCCAGAAAAAGACCACCAAAAACACCGCGAAAAGAAGGGUCGAACAAGAAGAGGUUGUUCCCUCAACUAGGUUGGAAAACCAGGCAAAUCCGACAAAUGAAACUGGAGGAGAACUCAAAGCGAAUGCUCCCAAAAAGAGUACCAAAAAAUGCACCUCCAGAAAAAGCCUAAAGAAAGGGAAAGAACCCCCCUCCCCCUCGACUAAGGAUGACAUAAGCUUAAUGAAGGAAAACUGCAUCGAAAUUAAGGCAAACGAGAAAAAAAUAAAUGACGAUAAUGUAGGAAUGGAGUAUGAAUAUAAUAGAUCGAAGGAAAUCCAGACAGGUGAUGGAGUUAACCCGUGUAAUGUAAACGAUGCGGGUGUAUCAAAUGGAAAGGCAGUCUAUGAAUUACUAGAAGAUGAAAAAAAGGAACACCAAAUGGAGAGCUCAACAUAUGAUAAAAGAAAUGUUAAAAAGAGCAAGAGGAAAUAUUCUGAAGAAAAUGUUAACGGUAAUGACGACAUAAGUUUGCACGAAAAGAGGAACAAGAGGAAAAAGAAAAAAAACUCGAACACGGAGGAUGGGGAACACAUCACAAGAGAAGAAGCCAAAGGUAACGAUAACAGUGCCCAUAAACGUUACCAUAAUAGUAGCCUUAGAAGUGGCCAUAACAGUGUCCACAAAGGUAGCCACAUAAGUGAAAUGAACGGAGAAGCAGAAAAUGAGGAAAAAAGACAAGCGGGUGCCGAACUGGUUCUCGAAAAGGAGGAGAAAGAAGGCCACACCGGAGAUGUCUCCACGGCUGAAAGUGUAUAUCAAAAAUGCGCAUAUGAGGAGGAAAAAAUGAAUGAUGACAGGACAUAUAACGCAUCAAAGGGGAAAGUGGCGACAAAAAAAAAAAACUUAAGUAAGAAAAAAGGCAGCAAAGUCAAUGCAGACGAAUUUGAGGGAAAGAAAGAUACAGCUGAUGUUAUUAAUCCAAAUGAUUAUAAACCGGUGAAGAAAAAAUAUAAAAAACUUUUGAAAAAUCUGCAAACAAAUUUAUCCAAAAAACUGAUGGAACAAGAAGGCGAAAAAAGAAUUAAAACCUGGGGAGAAAAGCUAACUUUGCAACAAAAAAUUAAUCGAUUUAUAAAGAAGAAUAUCGCGACAAGGACGGAGUACAAAUAUGGGAAGAAGCCAAACACACUGUCUAUAUGUAAUCAGUUUAAUUUGUACAAUCACUUAACCAUGCUAAAUGAUUUUAACAGGUUGCAUUAUUACAGAGCGGCGAUGAGAUGGACAGGGCAUAAGGACAUGUGCGAAGGUGGAGGUGACCCUUUCAUGGCACUCUGUGGAAAAGGUGAAACGAGUUCUCUUCAUGUAACCAGCACGGGUGAUACAACAAAGCAAAACAGCACCACCAUAUUAGCACAAAAAGCGGUUUGCCAAUUUAACAGGGAAAAUGUACACAGCAUGACUAAUACCAUAAACUCGUAUGAUGAAGAAGUUGAGGGAAUGCUGGAGGACCAAAACGGAGUGAAGAAUCCAUAUAUAUUUUUUGAAAAUAAUAAAGACUGUUACGUUUACAAUAAGAAAAUAAUUGAAAUAGGGACGGGACCACUCUCCUUGUUAUCCAUUAAUGCCAUCCUAAAUGGAGCCAAGCAUGUAGAUGCGCUGGAGGUUAAUAAAGACGCGUCCGAAAUGGCGAAGAAGCUAAUAGAAGGAUAUAAUUUGGAAGAUUUUAUUAAAAUUAUAAAUUGUUAUUCGAAAAUGUAUGUCUAUAAAGACGAAGAAGAUCAGAGGAGAUUGAGCAAGAGAAGCUCCUUGUACAACUACUUUGAUUCUAACGUCGAUGAGCAGCACUGCAGGAGUUUUAAUUACGACUUGAUAAUAAGCGAAGUGAUAGGGGAUUUCGCUUCUCAAGAGGGAGUGGCAGACAUAUACCUCGAUUUGCACAAAAAAAUAUUUUCUUACCGAAAGUACCAGGAGUAUUUGUACAAUUGGCGCAAGACGAACGGGGGUGACAACGGGGGUAAUAACCGGGGCGAUAACGAGGGCUGUUACAACAUCGCGUUGCAGAACCACGGGGAGGACGCCCCGACUGAGGAAGAAAGGCCAAAAAAAUACGCAGAAAGUGGUAAGAACGAACAGACGGGCGAGCAAAGGGGUCAGCAGAAUGUUAACAAGGUGGAAAAAAUAGCAUACAGGAAAUUCGCAGCAGAUGAAAAAUUAUACAGCUGCGAAGAAUUCUACAAUAUGAAUGUUAAGAGCAUACCGUAUAGCGUUGCCACAUAUUACUGCCCCGUGAAGUUUCCUUACUAUGACAAUAUCAUAUAUAAGAGUGAGAAUUACCCAGAGAGGACAAUUAUUAGCCCCAAGAGUAAACUACUACAAUCUGUUAUGUUGGAGUGGUGUAACUUAUCAUUAACUGAAGAAGAAAAUGGGAACACCGAUUUUGGUACACUAGAAUAUUUAUAUUUGGAACAGAAUGUAGCUAACCAAGUGAUACAAAAAAGGAAUCACAUCUUUUGCAUUGAAAAAAGUGGCCCUUUUUGUGGGUUUUUAAUAACCAUAGAUGUGGAAAUUCGAAAGGGGGAACAUUUUGGAACAAAAUAUGGAACCUGCGACAGCUGGUACACCAACAUAGUUUUAUUAAAAGACGAAAUCAACGUUAACGAGAACGAUUUGGUGGUCAGCAAAACGUACACAAAUUUGUUAAAUUAUAAUGAGCAUAGUAUUGAUAGAAAAACUGUUUUGGUUUCAAGGCCGUCCUACACGUUUUAUGGUUACAUUUUAAAGUCGAUGAAGCAAAGCACGUUUUCUGUGUCCACGUCAGAUAGUGAUGGACAUGUCAAAAGUAGUUGUUUUGAAAAUUCCGAUGGGGAAGAUUACCCGUCCAACGUUAGUAGCUGCAUCUACCUAGAUGACGAAACGGUAUUGUUGCUAGACCAAAUGGACUUUCACGAAAAUGUGUUAGCCAUGACGAGGAGGCCGAGUGAUGGAAAGGAUGUUACAAUGGGUGAAACUAAAAAAAAAAAAAAUCCCCGAAGUGUUAAAAGGAAGAAAAAAAAAACCAAUGCGAAGAAGAUCCAUAUGGCGAAAAACAAAUUAAAUGUUUUGGAUGAACAAGUGGAAGAGAAAGUUGAAGAUCAUUCCAAAGUUGCCCAUGGGUCAGUGGAAAAUCACUGCGAGCAGAAAGGGAUCGAUCCAAUUAAGGGCGAAACACAUGACAGAUCAGAACGCAAAAAUUCCCUCAUCCACACGAGAAGCAUGACGAAACGGGAAGGAAAGGGCAAAGAUGGAAGUGUGAAUGGAAAUACGAAUGGAAAUGUGAAUGGAAGUGCGAAUGGAAAUGCAAAUGGGAGUGCGAAUGGAAAUGCAAAUGGGAGUGCGAAUGGAAAUGCAAAUGGGAGUGCGAAUGGAAGUGCGGAUGGAAGCACAGAUAAAAGCGAAGAUAGAAGUGCGCUCCCGCAGGAUGCCACUAAGACGAAUUCGCAUAAGGAUGCCUCCGUGAACAACACGGAAAAUGGAAAGAUAGCGAAUUAUGAGGAAAAAUCACCCAGGAAAGAGGCCAUUUCUAACAGAGACAAACAAAUGAGGAAGCACGACAAUUCCUCCACAAGUAAGAGAAAUCAAAGAGGCAAAAGAGUUAAAGGAUAUAAGGCCAAAUCGGCAAAAGUCGAAAAGGGGAAUACCGCCAGAAACAGUGGCGGAAAUAUCAAUAGUCGCAGUAGUCCCCGAAAAGGGGCACAGAAGACAUCGAAGAAGGACCCCAAGAAGAACGCUCAUAAGAAAAGGAAAAAAGACAAACUGCGAGACGAAAAUGAAUACAAAAAAAUCUCGGAUGAAAGCACAAAAGAAUACGGAAAAGACAUAGUAGACAUUAUCAAUAAUUACAACUUGAAUGCGAACUUUUAUUAUGAAAAUUUAAGAGAUAAAAUCCUGGUUUAUAAAAACAUGAAGUACAAGCUGCUGCGUAUUUACGAACCGGUAGUUAUUGAUUACGAUGAGCAAGCAACGGUGAUUUAUAAGAAGGAAGAUAUUUAUAGUAGCAAGGAAAACAACGUGAGUAAGUUUGUGAAUAACGUGUACCAGUGA